AUUUUCAACUAGCCAAUAAGAUUUGAUUUCAUCUCGGAAAAGUAUUUUCCAUAGUCUGUCUUGCCGACUCGUGAAAUAAACAAUAAUCAAUAAACAAUACUGUCUGCAUAAUCAAUGAGAACAGGAAAUCCAAUGAAAAUAGUAGUUCUGUUUAUUUGUGGUAGAGAUAAUCAGGAUUGACAAAAAGAUAUUUGACAAUUAUACAUUAUUAUAUUGCAAACAAGAGUAGAUGUGUGAAACUGUAAACGAAAUGAAAGGUAUAUUGAUAUUUGAUCAUUUGAACGAUGUAUUAUUUGCAAAAUGCAAUAAAAAAUUCGCGAGUCACAUCUUGAAGCUAGCAAGGAUGCAAGGACUGCUCGAUGACGAUAAGGAUACCAGAGACUUGAAAAAUUCCAUACUAAGUCCCAAUAUCAUAAUGCAGCUGUUUUCACCCAUUGUUACUUCUCAGCAUGUAAUGUCUUCACAAUUUGGAAAUUCCUAUACCUCUAUGAAAUUUGAAGAUGGAACUAAUAUGGUAUUCGAUGAAUAUAUUGGCUAUACCUUCAUAUAUAUUGCCACGAAAGAAAUAGAACUCAUGAGACGCACACUGGGCGUAUGUGUAUCCAUUGUACGGCAUGUCUGUGGUCCUGAUAUUGCAAUAUUGAAAACCAAUUGGCAGAAGGUGUGUCUGGUAUCUUCUUUAUUGGAUGCGUGGUCUAAUUUAAGAAAUUGCGAACAGAGUGUACUUACGGAAGCGGUGGAACAGUUGUCUGUAAAUGCAGAAGUAGCUUCCUCAGUCCUCAAGGUGCUGCAUGAUGCCUGUGACAAGUUGAAGAGUUCGCAGCCCGAAUUUAGCAAUUUACAUGUGCUACUCUUAGUGGGUUCUAAGUUUUUGUCACUGUAUUCCAGCAAAAACGCUCAUGAUUUAUAUGCUUCGGAUAUUUUGUUGAUGAUAUUACUGUGCUGGGUAAUAAAUAAUAAACGAAAGCAUCGAUUGGAGAAUAAUGAUGAUAGUGAAAGUAAUGAUGAUGACAGCGAUAUCCUAUUACCAGAGAGCAGUGCUUCCAAAAGCGAUGAAACGAAAUUAAACUUUGGAGCCAAACUGGCUACUCCUACCUCAGAAGAUAUUACAGAUCUCUUUCGAGGUUCUAGAGAUUCUUCCGUGAAUGAAGGCCUUUCGUCCUUGACUGAUGAUGACCUUUAUAGUCAAUUGCUCCUCCUUGGCUGCCAGCAUAACUACACAGCUAAUGCAGUUCACAUCUUCGAAUUAUCAAACUCUAUCAACUUAAUAACAAUCGUAGAAGCCACAAAUCUUUCCAUUUCUUCAGGAUUAUGCGACAGCUUCCAUUAUUUAAAUCUGAUAAACAAUCUGCAAUUUCAACGAGAUCUCGACGAAUUAAAGCCUGCUUUUGAAAACCUCGAUAUAGCGAUAAGAAAAGUGCUGGAAGGAAUUAAAAAAAAUCGUUCUAAUGUCAGUAAUGAUGUCGAUAUGUGUCAGAAGAGAUUGCAAACUAAAUGGGACUUUGUUCGAAAAAAGUAUAGCGACUUAUUGCGCUCCAAAGAUCUCGAAGUGGUUCUGCAAAUCGAGGCCAAUAUUUCCGGUUUCCUGGAAACUCUGAAAGAAUUAUUACGUUUAACUUGUUUUGAUAGGAAUUUUCUAAAGCAAGGAAUCGAUGUUCUAACAACAGUUGGUAGACUCGUAAGACAGAAGCUAAAUGAUUUCAGCGAUUUUCUGAAAGUUAAAGCUCUGAAGAACUUCACAUUAGGAUCUUCCCUAACUAUCAAUAAGUAUCUUGAAGAGUUUCCGGGUUUGGUACAUUUCAUCUACAUCGACAGGACGACCCACAGACUUGUUGCACCCACGAUAGAUUUUACUAGUACAGAGACGCUUGCUCUCACGAUGAAAAAAAUUUGGAACAUGGUCGAGCAAAGUAGAAUGCAUUUACAAGAGGGUCAUUUAUCAGUUAUGUGGAAAGAUACCACAUUCAAUUAUUCUUACUUUCUGUGGUUUGAGGAUAAUUCUGGCUGUUCACCACCAAAAUGUAAAGUCUAUCUCAAUUAUAUAAUGAAAAAUUUUCCAGUACCAGGUAUACUUUGUGGAGAUUAUUACAGAAAAUUAACCGAGACAUGUUUUCCUAAACUUUCGCCGAGCAAAGUUCGGAUCUACGAACUAUAUUGCGUGCAUUUAGGAUUGACCACUUCAACUUGCGUUCUGGAACAUUCCCGAAGAUUGGCAGCUACUAUCUGGGAAGUCACCGGGGUACCGAGCAAUCUUGCAGAUAUAUUCUAAAAUUGCGUUCCUUAAAUAAAAAUUUUUGAAUUGGCAUCAUGUCAUUUUUCUAUUUUUUAGAUAUUCUUUGAAGUAUUUGAAUUUGUAAUAUUUAUAUUCUAUGUUAUAUAUUUUAAUAUUUAUAUUCUAUGUUAUAUUCUUACAUUUUCUUUUCUAAUUUCUAUUAUAUUUUUACGAUGUUUUAAUCCUUAAUAUACUUUCGAAAAAUUUCUAACAAAAUAAAAUGAAAAUGCAUUUCAAUUAUGA